AUGGUGGUAGUGCCAGCAAGCACCACCACCACCCUCAGGCGCCGACGCAGCUUCGACACCGUUCUGCCCACCGCCCUUGACGACAUCGUUCUCUCUUCGCUGCACGACCUGUUCUUUAUUCUUUCGCCAAGCACCACCAUCAUCCGCGUCUCCACGAACUGCCUCUCCAUUCUUGGCUGCGAGCCUGAUCUACUGCUCGGUCAGCGACUGGCUGCACUGAUCCAUGGCGACGAUGUCCACGUCUUCGCCAGUGAGUUGGACAACGCCAUGCGCCUUAAUGCAGCAGUGCCGUUUCGCUUCUACUGCCGCAUCCGCAGUGCUGCGCGCGCUGAGAGAGACUACUCCGCUUUUGAGCUAGUUGGUCGCUAUCAAACCAAGCUCGCGGACUCUCUAUCUCCCCUGCAUUUGAUGACUCCACCACCAGGCAUUUUCUCCAUCACGGCACGACCCGCAUUUACCACGAGAGGGGCGAUGUUGGACGAAAUGCUUGAUCUGAAAACAGAAGAAAUCAGACUUCUGAGCCGCAUAGCAGAACUGCGGCAGGAGGGGGACAAGAUGUCAACUUCCAACACUUUGAAUUUACGCAACACUUUCCCGGCUGGAAAGUCAGCUCAGACGAGUGGUUUAUCAACCAACCCUGCCCCCGGACAGGUCCUUAUGGGAGAUGCUGGGAUACCCUACCUCACCAAGCUCGAGGGGUCAUUUUUGGGCAAGACACCGACGGCCACAAGGCUUACGAAACGAAAGGUUGUGGCAAGGGAGACGGGCUGUGACGAGUGUGGUACCUUCAACACCCCUGAAUGGCGGCUUGGUCCGAAUGGACCGAAGACUCUCUGUAACGCUUGUGGACUCAGAUACUCGAAGGCCAAGAGAAAGGCGAAAGCAUUUGUAAAGGAAGAACCAAAACUCAAAGAGGAAGAUGUGAACAUCAAGCAGGAAGAAUGA